UAAUAAAAUAUCAAAACAAACCCCGACCUUUUCCUGCUAAUAUAAAAGCGGAUCCACAUUCAACCCGUCAGUAUUUCCUGAGUUGCUAAACCGAGCUGCAUCAUUUCUCUUCAUACACAUCUAAUAUGCGGGAGUCAUUUAUAUUAAUUGUCCUACCUCUCCUUGUGAUCGCGGUGAUAUGCUCAAACGUGCAUGACGGAGACAGCUACAAUUUAUAUAAAGAUCAUAUGCGUGCGAGAAGUAGAGGCGCUUCCAAGAUAGAUCCAGUAGUAAAUAACCUUUGGGAUGCUUACGGACCGCCCCAAGAAUUUGAAUAUUUGAACAUGCCAAUUUGGUUGCCAGAGUAUAGAAAACGAGCCGCUAAUGUAGUUAAAAAGCGUAUGUUGGACAACUUGGUGCAGCUUGACGAAAGAUUGAACAAACGGACGUCUAAAGCUGCCUUGUCCCUCAUGCUGCAGAGUAAACAGGAUCCUGAGCUCAUGGAAGAGGAAAAUAGUUGUUUUGCCGGAAAAUAAACGGGAAAGGAAGCCGUAGGUUACUUACCUAUCAGUUUCGUUUGUUUAAUAAAACAUAACCUAAUAAAAAUAAAGAAAAAUGUUUUUUAGUGAGUGAAAAAUUAAAGAGCAAGUAUUUUCAA